UGCUGCUUGACCACCACCCGCCGGCUUGAAGUUGAACUUGAAGUUGAACAGUUGAACCGAGCUCUGCACACAGCAGCUCAGUUCUCUUGAAGGUGAAGUGGAAAAGGAAUCUGCUGAUCUUAAAAAGGUGGGGAAGGGUGGCCUCUAGGCUCUAGGAGGGUGGCACCAGUCUUCAGGUCAUCGAACAUCCAGCAGGAAAGGCGACUCGAAGGUGGACCACCGCUUACCAUGCAAGCGGUCCUUUCCCCUUUCAUGGGGAGGGCGUAAAAUGCUAACUCUACCAGGGCGAAUGCACGGGUCUCAUUGACAUUCUGGAUGUUAAACGCCAGAGCAGAUUGGUGCUAACAGCAGAAACCACCUGAUCAAACUUUUGACUCGCUUGAGUGGUUGUCUAGGAAGUUGCGCAACAUGCUCGGAUUUUACUAGUCUCUGGCAGAGCAUCAAAGAGGUCCAUACCGGCAAGGACGCUCUACACGUGCUCGCUUCGGCGAUAAUCUGUGGCUUUGUAUCGGUGCUAGGCCCCCUGCUCAGAGAGACCAUGGGGGACACCAGAAGGGAGAAGGUCCUCCAGAGCUUGGCGUCUAUCGACCCCAUUCAGCUGUGCAAUGAAGCUCGGACUUCAGAGGGAGGCGGUUUGUACGCCCAAUGUGUUGCGGCAGGAUUGAUCUCCAGGGACGGUGCAGCAGUGGGGAGGGGUUAUGGAGCGGAGGAGGCGGCGCGGCUGCAUGCGCUGUUUGACGUGGCGCUGGAAAAUGGACUGGCCGCCCUGGUGUCGCACUACGUCACUGAGGUCUGCAUGGACACAUCGGUGGUUUCCAGCGACGCCAUCGAGACGAAGCUGCUCGACGGGUCCAUCGUUCAGAGCUGGGCCGAGCGGACCCUGCGCACACUGUUCCAAGAGCUGCGGGAUAUUUAUGCCGACCACUCGGAGAAGCAGAAUGCUGACCUCAGCGGCGUCGCCGGUCGGCUCCGCGGCCUCUCGCAUGUCCUCGACGCACUCCUGGCCUCCAUCGCAGACGGCGCCAGUCCGGCACAGCAGCGGCUGCAGGAUCUCAAGGAGGCGCUGCUCAAGGCUAUCCAGCAUGUCGAGGUCUUCUCCUGGUGCUCCCAGCAGCGGUGGUUGGAGCGCCUCCGCCCGCAUCACGCCACCCCCGCGAUUUGGGCCGCUGCGUUCCAAAGACGAAAAGACGCAGCGGCUGCGCGGCACUGGCCGAUCGGAGCUGAGCCAACGACCCCCGGGACGCAAACAACUCUCGAAACCGAUCUCGAGGGGCAGCAAACGCCUGUUGAGGAGACCCCCCAUGAGGCAGGAACGCUGUUCGUGGAGGACGCUCUGGAGCACCUUGGGUUGGGGGAAAGCGAUAAAGAGGAGAGGUCUGAGCCGGCAUUGUGGUUGGAUAGUUUGGCGCAGGAGGGCGCGCGGAGUCCGGAGUCCAGUGGGCGGACUGGGAUGGAGAUUGAGGGGCGCGAGGGGGGACAGCUGUAUCCCCCGAGCAGAGUCAGGGGGGCGGUGGACCUGCUGUUCCUUCGGGGCUGGGCAUCAGAGUUCCUGGCCAAGAAAGCCAUUUUUCUGUACUACUUGUACGACCGUUUCUGGGGCCGUCCGGCCGAGGAGUGGCAGGCAGUGGUGUGCGACUACUGCACUGCGUUCCAUCUUCCGGACUUCUUCCGCAUCGAGUGCCUCCUCUUCUUCCUACUGGACAACGAUGCUCUGGAGGCCCUGCAGGAGGCCUGUCAGCUGCUACCCCAGAUCGCCGGCCCCAAGCUCCACCCCCGCAUCCCCCAAGUCCUCCUAGAACGUGGCGCACCCCAGGAGGCCCUCACCGCACUGCGCGCCAGCGGCCGCCUCCUAUCGCCCUCCCCAGCCCCCCUCCCCCUCGAGGAGGCCGUGACCGCCCUUCGCGCCGCGCUCGCGUGCGGGCCGCUCUCCGAAGCGUACCUCUUUCAACACAACCACUGGGCGGCUCUCCGGGAAUCUCUAGCCGUCCAUGCCAGCAUUGCCCAGCCCGCGGAACCCCUAGAAGAUUCAGACGAAGAACGAGACUUGGGGGAAGAGCUGGCGGUGCUCGUGACCGAGCUCGUGAACUUUUCGGCGAGGGGGGGUGUGCUGCGAGCGAUGGUCGAGCUGCCGUGGGCCCCCGAAGAAGAGGGCCCCAUGGAGACCGCGCUGAUUCAGUGCGCGGAACGGGACCCGGGAGGCGCGGCGGGCAGCCAUCUGGUGGUGUACUAUCUGCUGCGGUGUCGGUAUGCGGAGGCGAUGAUUCGGCACAGGGACGUGAGCCGCUUGGAGGAUGCGUGGGAAGGGGGAGACGAGGCGAAGAGGAGGCGAGCCGCACUGGCGCGCCAGCAGCGGACGAACAUCGUGGAGGCCUGCUACCAGUUGCUGCCAGAGGCAGAGCGCCGUCUUCUGGAGCACCAGCUCGCCCACCCGGAGCCUCCCCCUCCUUCCAUGGACGUCGAUCGAGCGCCCGCUUUCCCCCCGGCCCUUCCCGCCAUCUCGGCAGCCCCUCAGAGCCCGAUCUUUCCGCAACUGCCGGCCAGACAAGCCCGCCUCGCCAACGUGCCCCCCGGUCGGCCGAUGACGUCAUCAUUGCUGCGUCCGCAGACUGCCCCGAACGGGCCGUCCGCGCUGGGGAAAGAAGCGAACGGACGUUCAGAGAAUGGUGCGGAAGAGGGACCGGUAGAUGAACCGACGGAGAAAUGGACUGCCGAUGGGGAUGCAGAAUACAGCCCGCGGCCUCGAAAGCUGCUCUACGACGAGGUGGGGGGAGCCGGGGCCGCGGCAGAGCAGGGCGGUGCGAAUACGCCCGGGGCAGAGGAGGACGGGCUCCAGUUCUACUCUCCCCUGGGCCGAUUCACACCAGACGCGAAUGGGCCUGCAGAGAACGGAGACGAAGCUGGCGGGUAUGGAUAUCGGAUAGGGGCAAGUAACGGCCCGGUGAACGGAGCGGAAAAGGCGGGCGCGUUUGGGAACGCAUCGGGCAGGUCGGGAGAAGGGCUGUUUGCGAAGUGGGGAAUGGCGGACGGUCCGGGCCUGGCAGCGGGGGGGCCGUUUACGAGCCCCAUAAGCGCCGGGGCCGGGCUGAAACGUGGGCGCCAGCCGACGCCUGCUCCAAAGAAGGUCGCAUCGUUCCGAGCAAACGGAGACCUUGCGGAGGGGGAAGAGGACGGGAACGGGACUGAAGAUAAAUUGGCUGACGGCCUGGGGGUCCGAUCGACGGGCCAGGACUAUGGGAAUGAAGAGGGAGCUUGGGCCGGGGGAGGGUUAGGACCGCCGCCUAGGGGGACUUUGUCAGACGAUGUGGACAUGACAGAGAACAUUCCAGCUUCUCCGAGCUUUCAACUGCCCAAACCGCCAACAAUGACGAAUGCAGGCCACACACCAGCUUUCUCGCGCAACGGUGGGAGAGCCCGAUGGAGAGCGGAAGAGGACUUAGAAGAUACGCUUUUAGAUGAGGCUGUGGCAUCCGCUUUGACACCUGGGAUAAAGCGCCCCAAAGCCGGUACUAGCGAAAGGUCGAAAAAGAUUCUUCGCAAGGGGGUGCGAUUGCUUUGAUGCGUGGCCCCCGAGUGAGUAGGGAUUAGUGAUUCUUGCUUUCUGGACCCUGUAACACAAUCUGCAUGGCUCCAGAUAUGCACGCGGCUUUGCCUUUUCUACUUCAAGUCAAUGUCUAGGUCGAUUGAGUCGGCUCAUCUGACCAGAGGUUCACAUACUCACUUGACAGCGAACCGCAAGCGUAGCCAAAGCGUGGCCCCAGUGCAAUUGGUUGUUGCUCCUUGAACUUUUGGACCAGGGCUGGCAGAUUUGCUUCGUUUUGAUACGUACACAGUGAAGCCUGACUUGG